CACCCACAUAUAUAUACAUAUAUAUUGAAAGAUAUUGAAUUGCAAUUGUUCGCUUGGUCAUGGUUAUGUUAUCUCUUGUUUUUCUUUUUAUUUUUGUGUAGCUGCAAGCGGUGGAGCAGGUGGAUCCUGCAGGUAACUCCAUAAAAUAUUGAAACACAUCCACACAAAUGUUAUGCAAAUAUUGUUAAGGUGACAACAGGAGAGUUGAGUUGUGUUGUGUUGAGUUUCAUGGUAUUAGCCGAAUUAUGAAUAUGAAAAAAAAUAUGAAGAUACCAUAUAUGUACAAUAUACAAAAGAAUAUUAAGCAAAUAUUUAUAGAUAUAUUACCUAUAUAGACAACAGAAUGUGUUAACCGUGUAUUUGUUAUAACCGAGCCUGAUUUGUUGCUAUUGUUUUGCUGUCAACUCUCAGGCUAAAUACUUAGUUUCUAUUCGAAUCCGAAUCGGAAUCAGAAUCUGAAUCCUUGUUGUUUUUUGAUGGCUCCGACUUCAAGGAGCGGCUGAUAGCCAGCGUUAAGAAGGAGGUGAAACAGCUAAUGGAGGAGGCGGUGACCAAGAAGUAUGUGCACGAGGAGAGCAGCUCGGUGACCUCGCUCUGCGGUGCAGUGGAGGCUUGCCUCAGCCAGGGCCUGAGGCGUCGUGCCUUGGGACUGUUCAAGACCUCAUCUACGACGGCGCUGCUGCACAAGAUUGCCAAGAGCUGUCCAGAGGCGGAGCACAUUAGCAAGCUGGUGCAGGAGAUCGAGGCCAGUGAUCCCAGCAAGCGAUCCUCUAGCAGCAGCGACAGCUUCCAGCGUCCACCGAUGCUAAAGAAGAGCAGCAGCAACUCCAUGUCCGCGGCCGCCUCGACAUCAUCGGCAUCGGCUUCUAUCAGUGUCAGUGCCAGCAACUCGAGCAUGUCCUUGGCCGGAAUGAAAUAUUUGUGGAUCCGCUUGGCCCUGUACGAGAAGCGACUCACCAAGAUCAUCGAGUAUCUGGUGAGCAAUGCCAGCAGCUUUUACGAUCGCGACUCCCUGGUGGCCGAUCCGGAUUAUGGCUCAAUCCUUAGCUCCCUGCUGGUGGGUCCCUGCGCCCUGGAGUUCACCAGGGCCAAGACAGCCGAUCAUUAUUGGACCGAUCCGCAUGCCGAUGAGCUGGUGCAACGACAUCGUAUUAGCUCCUGUCGUCGCUCCUCCUCCACCUGCUCCCGGCCGGCCAUCAUUAACUUCAAGCGCAGCCUGAACACCAGCAGCGAUGAGGCCAGCAGUGGCUCCUUCAAGUCAAUUGCCUCGGCCAGCGUGGCCAAGGACUAUGUGGAGUCGCUGCAUCAGAAUGCCAAGGCCACGCUGCUCUACGGCAAGAACAAUGUACAGGUGCUGCCCAAGGAUGUGCUAGAGCCAAUGCCCGGCUACCUGAGCCUGCACCAACACAUCCAGACGCUGACCAUUAAGUGGACGCCCAACCAGCUGAUGAACGGCUAUGCCGAGGAGGAGGCGGAGGACAUUGACAAGGAUGCCUUCUGGGCCUAUGCCCUCAACAUCAAUGUGGACGAGAUUGUGUAUGUCCACUGCCAUCAGAGUCGCGGCGAGGACAGUGGCGGCACUGUGAUCCUUGUCGGCCAGGAUGGCGUCCAGCGUCCGCCAAUUCACUUUCCCGAGGGCGGGCACAUGCAGCAGUUCCUCAGCUGCCUGGAGACGGGCCUCCUGCCGCACGGCCAGCUGGAUCCGCCGCUCUGGUCGCAGCGUGGCAUAGGCAAGAUGUUCCUCUGGCCCAGGAGCAUGCGUCGCCGCAUCCUGCCCUCGGUGAUGGAGUCCGUGGAUGAGACGCCCAUCGAUUAUGUUUUCCGCAUUGUCAGCAAGAGUCGGCACGAGGAGUUCGCUGCCACCCACUCCAUACUGGACUUUGUAAGGAGUACUCCGCGACGGGCGCAGCUGAGCAGCUGCUCCACCACCGGCAGCAGCGACUGCAGCAACAAGAGCCUAUCCAUUGACCAGUUCCCGCUGGAGUCGCCGUUGCUCCUGCAGCAGCAGACGCAGCACCAGCAGCAACAGGCGCUGCUCCAGGCUCAGAGUACCAGCAUCGAGAUGGUGUGCUCCACAAUGCGCCGCCAGAUCAUCUCCAGAGCCUUCUAUGGAUGGCUGGCCUACUGCCGGCACCUCUCCACGGUGCGGACGCAUCUCUCCGGCCUGGUGCACGGUCGGAUUACGCCGGAAAGUGAGUUUUGGGGGAAGAAUACUAUCUGUGAAGUCCCCCCAGCUAACCCACUUUCUUUCCCAGUGAAAGCCGAUGAAGAGGGCCUCACCAAGGAGCGCUGGCAGCUGCUGAAUGUGAAUGGGGUCCUGGAGAAUGCCACCGAGUUCUACCGCCUUGUCUACUUUGGUGGCGUCCAGCCGGAGCUGCGGCAAGAGGUGUGGCCCUACCUCCUCGGCCACUAUGCCUUUGGUUCCACGCGCGAGGAGCGCCAGAAGCAGGACGAGACCUGCAAGCACUACUAUGAGACCACGAUGAGCGAGUGGCUGGCCGUGGACGCCAUAGUGCAGCAGCGGGAGAAGGAGAAGACGGCGCGGGCGGUGGCCAAGCUAAGCUCUGGCAGCAACAGCGGCAAUGAGCGCACUGUCCGGGCGGCGGACCUUGAUGCCGGCGGCGAGCUAGAGAACGAGGUGUUCGAGGACAUCUCGGACAUAUCCGAUCCUGGUGACCUCGAGUUUGACGAGCAGCAGCAGCAGCAGCAGCAGGAGGGUGUCAGUGUCAGUGGCAUGCAUCUAAGUGUGAAGCCCAUUCCCAGGGCCAUGAAGACCAGCACAGAUUCGGGGCAUGUGGAUGAGGGUGAGAACUUCAACGAGCUGGACGAGGAUGAUUUGCAGGGGGAGGAGAAGGAGAAAGAGAAGCAGGCCCAGCCGAAGCCGGAGCCUGAGCAGGAGCAGGAACGGGAUGAGACAGAGGAGGAGGAGGAACAAAAAUUGGAGGAUCAACUCAAUCCAGAGCCCAGCUGCUCCACUUCCACAGCGUCCUCCUACGAGACAGUGGGUCCCAGUGCCGCCAACCAGACGCGCAGUGUCCUCAGUCCGGAGUACCUAAGUGCCGACGAUCUGCAGCUGCCCGAGGAUGAGGUGGCAGUGAAGCCGCAGCCUCCGCCUCAACCCCAGCCUCAGGCAGCUGCCGUGAUCAUCACCAAGGCCUCCGUGGACAUCACCAACUGGGAGAGAAGUCCCAAGGCUGGCGGCCAGGGUCAGAUGUCGCCCGUGGAGGAGCAGGCCAUCAAUCUGGACGCCCUGCAACAGCCCAAGUCGACCUGCGCCUCGCCAGCCAGCUCCAAUGGCGGUGUCUACAGCAGCGAGCUUCUUGAGCAGUUUGGCCUAAAUCUGCACAGGAUUGAGAAGGAUGUGCAGAGGUGUGACAGGAACUACUGGUACUUUGCCAACGAGAACCUGGACAAGCUGCGCAACGUGAUCUCCACGUACGUGUGGGAGCACCUGGACGUGGGCUACAUGCAGGGCAUGUGCGACCUGGUGGCUCCGCUCCUGGUCAUCUUCGACGACGAGUCGCUCAGCUACAGCUGCUUCUGCAAGCUCAUGGAGCGGAUGAUCGAGAACUUCCCCAGCGGAGGAGCCAUGGACAUGCACUUUGCCAACAUGAGAUCCCUCAUCCAAAUCCUUGACUCGGAGAUGUACGACCUGAUGGACUCCAAUGGGGACUACACGCACUUCUACUUUUGCUACCGCUGGUUCCUGCUGGACUUCAAGCGUGAGCUGGUCUACGACGACGUCUUCGCCACCUGGGAGGUGAUCUGGGCGGCCAAGCACAUAGCCUCCGGUCACUUUGUCCUCUUUCUGGCACUGGCCCUCCUGGAGACCUAUCGCGACAUCAUACUCUCGAACAGCAUGGACUUUACCGAUGUCAUCAAGUUCUUUAAUGAAAUGGCUGAACGUCACAAUGCCCAGGCAGUGCUCCAGUUGGCCCGAAGUCUGGUCCUCCAGCUGCAGAUGAUCAUUGAGAACAAGUAAUGGAAAGGAUGCCAAAGUAUUCCACAAGCAAAGGCAAUAUAAAUGAAUAAGAUGCAUAACGCCAGACAAUUUUUGGCACUCUCUCAAAAUGCUGCUUAAAAGAAGCAGGAGAGAGAGAUCUUAUUUAUUUUACUUGCCUUUGCCACAACCAACCAACUAUAUAGAGAGUUAUUCUAGAAUCUAGAUCGUAGUUCAGUCAAAUUUCGUUUGCCAAAAAGAGGAAGAAAACAAGAUUAACAAGCAAACAAUAAAUAAUUGUAGGAAUUGUUUGCCUUUUGUCGAUCGAUGUCUUCGUUAUAAAAUAUUUACACGCAACUAGAUGUACUUAUAUUUGAUGGACCCUGAACCCUAACUCCAAUUGUAACUGUAAACCUAAUCCUAAUUCUAAUGGCAACUGUAUUUGUAUGUCUACGUAAGAUCUUCCUGAACUCUUCACGCAUAUCCCCAAAUGAGAAAUGAAAAAAUAAUGUGUAAACGCAAAACAGGGGCUGAAAAUGCAAAAGACUCUGAACCAAAGGAAUGAAAACUUAUACUAAAUGGAAAGUAAACCCUUAACAAAUGUAUAGAAAUAUAUAUAUAUGUCUCUGUUAUUCACACUUUUUGCACACUCAAAUUGAUUUAUUUUUUUUUUUUUAGAUGUAGUUUAUCCCAGAAAUAUUAAUUAACAAAUACAUAUAUUAUAUUAUAUAGAGAGAGACUCAGAUAAGUGCAAUGUAAUUAUCACGUUAAAUCAAAGGCAAAUCAAGUUAUCAGCAUACUGUAAAUUGUAAGAAAUAUAUACAUAUAUCUAUCUUGCGUUAUCACAUUAUAUAUACAUAUAUAUAUAUAUAUUAACUAAGGAAACUAAGAUUCCAAUCUGAAACUAAAACUCUGUACCAGCGAAAGAAAUUCAAUUGUGUGUAACAAUCAAGUCAACAAUAAGUCGAGUCAAGUAUCCCUGAAUUGCCACCUAUAUACAUAUAUAAAUAUAUAUACAAGCGAUCUUGAGUGUCUAUUAUCCUCAGUCUCGGUUCCACUUUCAUUUGAUUGCAUCUUAUUUUUUAUAUGAAUAUAUCCAAGUUUAUAUUUACAAAAGAGUACGUACAUAUGUAUAUUCCUCUAUAUCUCUCUCCCCCGUGUGAUCUCUCUAUCUCUACACCGAGUAUAAAUGUUGUGGACUAUCUUUAUACCUUAACUCUUUGUAAAUGU